AUAUUCAUUAGCGAGCAGAGAGACGCUCAACAGCGGGCAGGCAGACAGGACGCUCACAGCUGGAUGGAUAACAACGUCUCCAACAACAAGGAUGUAAACAUUUUUCGACAUUUUUUAAAAAGUUUAUCAGUAAAAAAAGAAGCAGCAGCAGCAGCAGCAGCAGCGGUUUACGUGAAGGACGUAAAAAUAACGGUGUCCACGACAGCCGGUAGAAAUCAAAGUGCUCCGUUUUAAUGAGUUGAGUUUAAGAUUUUCGUUAAAUUAACAACUGAGCACACAGACAAACCAUGAUGGAGUCUAUUUUAGACAGUUUAACCGCGGAUAAACUGUACCCGCCCGGAGGAACCAACCUGUUGGACCUGGAGGAACUCAGCGAUGGAGAUUUCCUCACUAACGUGCCUUUCUCUGGAGAUCAGAUGGACGACUUCAGCAGCGAAUUAUUCAGCAGUUUCUUCGACGACCAUCUAUUAGAGCGCCCCCUGCUGGCAGACAGACCUUCACUUCUACAAAUGGACGAGGACAUGGAGAGCUGCCCAGAUAUUCAAGCGGAGCACAGCUACUCCCUCAGCGAAGACUCCGCCCCCCAGAGCCCAGCCCUGUCAAUCAAAAUGGACCAAGAAUCCGAAUUUGAAUGGAACUUCAGCCAGGACCUUUCAGCCAUCUUGGUGAAACAGGAGGAGCCCGAAGUGGUUCAAAGAUUAGACCCUCAGCCUCAGGAAGGCCCGCCCCUCAUAUUAAGCCCCCCCCCUCCACACAGAGGAUCAGCGUGGAAACACACGGAGCGAAGUCCAGACGAUGUGAAGCCAAAAGCCAUAAAAGACGAGCCCAGAGAGAUGGGACAGUACCUCAGCCUGCCCAGCGAUGACGCUCUCCAGCUCCCACCCACUCCUCCCAGCAGUAACCAUGGCGACAGUGACGGCUCCCUCCCUCCCUCCUCCCCUCACCUCCCUCUGCCACCUUCCUCCCCACAGCCACAACAGAGGCCAGGAGGUCGAGCCUCUUCCUCCUCCUCCUCCUCCUCCUCCACCACUUCUUCCUCCUCGGCCAUCUCCUCUUCACCUCUCCUCACAGCUCCACAUAAGCUGCAGGGCUCAGGACCCCUCAUGCUGACAGAAGAAGAGAAGAGGACCCUGGUCGCUGAGGGAUACCCGGUCCCCAACAAACUCCCUCUCACCAAGAGUGAAGAGAAGGCACUGAAGAGGGUCCGACGGAAGAUUAAAAACAAGAUCUCAGCUCAGGAGAGUCGGAGGAAGAAGAAGGAGUACGUGGAAUGUCUGGAGAAGAAGGUGGAAAACUACACGUCAGAAAACAGCGACCUGUGGAGGAAAGUGGAAAACCUGGAGACUGCCAACAGGUCUCUCCUUCAGCAGCUCCAGAAGCUUCAGUCGCUGAUUUCAGGGAAAGUCGUCCCUCGUGCUUGUAAAAUGGCCUCAACUCAAACGGGGACAUGCCUCAUGAUGAUGGCGGUGUGUUUUGUCCUGGUGUUGGGCUCCUUCUCCCCCUGCCUCUCUCCUCUCUCCUUCCUCGCUGACUCCUCCUCUUUGUCCUCUGACUCCUCCUCCUCUCACCCCUCCUCCGCUCCUCUUCAGUCAGCGGACCUCUACACCACCAGUCAGGUCCGUUCCCGCAGCCUGCUCUUCUACGAUGAAGGGUCUCCUCUGGAGGAGGUUUUGGAGGGCGACAGGCUGCAGUCUGAAACCCACUCCCACGUUCAGAGCAGCAGAUACACAGCUGAGACGCAGAGAAACCAGACGACUGAGCCAAAAUCAGACCACAGAGAAACAAAAGCAGAAGGAGUCUCAGAGAUUUUCUGACCCCGUCUGACUCCUCCUCCUCCUCCUCCUCUCACGACUUCUCAUCUCUGACCCCAAAACAAUAACCUUGAGAUUCCUAAACUCAGACGGCUUCACAUCAACAUCCAACUGGACCAAAAACCUGCAUCAUCAUACGUACUCCACUUCCUGUCAGAUACUGCCGUCCUCCCAUCGUCCACAGCCGGCUCACUGCCGUACGUAGUGCUUCACUUCUCACCUGAAAAUACUGGAUUUUAAAAAGACCACAAUGUUGGGAUUUAUAUUUUUAUCAUUCUAGUUUUAGGAGGAUUUCACCCUAAUUCUCAGUUAGACUAAAUCAUGUAGUCAUCACAUAAAAACCACAGAUCUUUGAUUACACAGAAGCAGCCUGUAGCGUUUUAAGAAUCAUAAUUCAUCACUAAAAACUAGUCAGACCUUUUCCAAGAAGAUACGACGGUACACGUCAUGUAAGGUGUUAAAAUAUUUAAAAUGAUCAGAAACUCUGAGCUUCCUGUCUGAAACGUCAUCAUUAACACUCCCCUGAAGACGCAGUCCGACUUGAAAACUCAGAGAAUCUUCACUAACCGAUCGAGAUCUGAUUUCGGAGGUAAAUUGAACGCACCAUUAAUUUGCUCAUUGUUGUUUUAAUGUUGAGAGAAACACAGAAGCUCGACUGUGGGAUUCUUGUAAAUGUACUGAACAGUAUUUGCCGUAUUUUCUCCAUAAAUGAUUUAAAUUCUGAAAACAUGAUCAACAUCGUAACUGAUUAAUUAGCUGUCUCUUAUCAUAGUAAUCGUAAGAGCACACAAUGAACACAACAUACUUGUAAAAAGACAGCGGUGCCAUUUUAAAAGUGCCUUCCUCUGAUUUCAGACCAACUUGGCCUUAAAUGAAAAGCCAACACACGCCGACUCACCUGUAGUUCGAAUCACUCUGCGUCUCGUGUCUUUUAAACAAUCAUAAACACCUUGAAUGUGGACAUUAUUUUAUAUGACCUUUUUGUGAAUGCACUUUGUUUGAACCUUUAACUAAAACUGUUUGAUGAUGUGUUUGCAGUUGAGAAAUACGACAAAACAAAAACAAAAUGAUGUAAUAUUCUUUAAAGGUCACAUAUUCUCCUCCUCUUCAACAAUCAGAUUAAAUAAGUUUCAAAACCCCUCUAUUUCAGCCCUGCUCAGAACAGACUGUUUCUGUGUCUGUACCUUUAAAUAUGUAAAUGAGCUGUG